AUGAACGACCCUUGCGGGCCAAUGUAUGAUCCGACGCGAGAUGAAUACCACAUAUUUUACCAAGCUUUCCCACAGCACACUCAAUUCGGGAACACGAGCUGGGGCCAUGCCAAGUCGAAGGAUCUCGUGUAUUGGACUGAUGUCGGCGGAUGGGAGAACAAAGGCUUCUUGGCUAUCGAACCAAGCAACUACAGCGUUCCAUCAUAUGACUGGCUAGGUGCCUUCUCUGGAGGUGCUUACGCCGUGAACUUGAAAGGCGAGGCUGAUGGCAACCUCACACUGAUGUACUCCGGUGAUGUACUCUUACCUGACAACUGGCAAAGGCCUUACGAGCUGGGCCCGCCUUACGCCACAGAGACUCAGAACAUAGCAACGUCCUCCGACGGAGGUCAAACUUGGCAGAAGUGGGAAGGAAACCCACGGUUGAACGGACAGCCCGGCGGUUGGAAUGUUACUGGCCUUCGUGAUCCCGUCUUUGCGCCGAAUGCAAAGCUCGAUAAGAUCCUUGGGCACAACUCCUCGAAAUGGUACCUCGUGAUGGGAAGUGGGAUCAGAGACGUUGGUCCUCGAAUUCCUCUUUUCUCGGCAGACUCACACGACUUGACGAACUGGACAUUCGAAGGUGCUCUUUGGGAGCCUGCUAUCAAUACCUCCUUUGGCGGUGACCGAACAAAGACAGGAAACUACGGCGCCAAUUUUGAGCUGGCUGGAUUCUACGACGAGGUGGAGAAGGUUGAGAAUGGAGGCGAUGGCGAGACAACGCACUGGAUCGUCAGCUUCGGUGCAGAGGGCUAUGCAGACGAAUGGCAUCCGCUCGCUCACUGGAGUCUUUUCGUUCUGGGAGACGUUCACCCACGUGGGAAUGGGUCUGCUGAAUUUGAGACCAAGGCUUCCGGUGUUCUCGACUGGGGCAACUCCUAUGCUAUGAAUGCUUUCCACGAUACGAAACAUGAUCGACGAGUGCUGUGGGGUUGGAGCGAUGAAGAUCUCAACAACACUGCUGCUGUUGUCCAGCAGGGCUAUCAGGGAUCUUUGGGUCUGCCACGAGAGCUGUACAUCAAGAAGUUCCAUGGCGUGCAUGCCCCUAUCAAAAACGUGGUUAAGGGUCCAGAGAUUUGGCAAAACUCCUCGCAGAAUGGAACAUACAGUGUCGUCACAGUCGCUCAGCGGCCACUUCCGGAGGUUGUUAAUGCCAUUGAGGGUGAAAAGCACUGUCUCGUUUCCAGGUCAGAGAUCGUAACCCGCCGACAAGACCUGCCGCAGGUCAACAGCUCGCAUUUCCACCUUCAGACCACGAUCGGAAAGGCGCCAUCCACCGGCAAAGAUGACUUUCUCGGAGUACAGCUUCGAGCAUCGCCGAAUCAGGGAGAAUAUACUGAGGUCCGCUACUACGCAUUCAACUCUUCUGUGGUCCUUGACCGUACACACUCGACACUGCUCGCAGCAUCCCAUCCCGACAUCGGAACAGCCACCUUCGUCGGCCACUUCGAGCCCUUUACCUACGCCAACGGGACAGAGAACAUCGUGAUGGAUUUCUUUGUCGACGGGAGCCUUCUGGAAAUCUUCAUCAACGAUCGCUUCGCUAUGACGAGCAGAAUCUACCCAAGCCGUGCCGACGCUCUUGGAGCAGCUUUAGUUGUGAAAGGAGAGGCUCAAAUCGAGAAUGUCAGCUUGUGGGAAAUGGAAGCGAAUGUCUGGCCUGAGCGGCCAUUGAAUGCCAGCUCGCCCAUGAUGUUCGAUCCGUACUAUGAGACGCACAUCACGUUUGAGAACCCGUACUUACCGACAGGGUAUGAGUUGUAUGUGGGCUACUAG